GUGGAAGAAACGUCUAAAGAGUGGAAACUAGAACCUGAACAUGAGUUUCGUUUUGAAGUAGAUUUUGGCACGACUGUGAAAUUAAAGCUAAUUUCUGGUACGGCAGAGAUAUAUGGCACAGAAAUUGGGAUAGGACCCGAAUAUGAAUUUUCAGGUCGCAAAGUUGCAGUAUUUACUUGGCAUGAAUACGUCGCUAACGAAACGCCAAUGACUAGUUAUCUCAAUAUGCAUCUGGCACUUGAACAACAUAGGGAAGCAGCCAAGGCCAAAGGUGAACAGGGACCAAGGGUAAUAGUUGUAGGACCUGAAGAU